CUACAGGUCCGGGUAUUUGCAUAAUUUUAGCAUCAUAUGCUGGUUGCAACCGUAAUGCGGCAAUUGUUUAUUUUAUAUUAUCAAUGGGGCUUAUGGGCGGAUUCUAUUGUGGCAUGAAGAUAAACACGUUGGAUUUAGCCCCUAAUUACGCUGGUUCAUUAACAUCGUUCGUAAACACGACUUCUACAUUCGCAGGCAUUAUCACACCCUAUUUAAUAGGAUUGCUCACCCCCGAUUCUACAUUAGUACAAUGGCGGACAGCCUUCUGGGUUUGCUUAGCAGUGCUUGUGUCGACAAACAUAAUAUACUGCAUAUGGACAGAAGGGGAGCAGCAGUGGUGGGACGACGUGAGACACUUGGGAUAUCCACCUGGAUGGAAACACGGGCCUAUCACCAAAGACGAUUUGACACUUACAUCGACGCAUCCGGAAUAUAUAGAAUUAAAUAAAAAAUUGUGUGCAGAAAUACAUUGA